UCAGCUUCAGCGCCUGCAGCGCGCCGUGUCUUUCAACCAACUCGAACCCAACGUUUCGCAAGUAACCGGUCAGCCGGUGACUCUGGAGCUGAAGUAGGACGCAAACAUCCGCAUAUCAAGCAUUUGCCGCCGCAUCCCACUGCCAAGGCUACUGAGGCCCACUGUCGAGCGACUCAUGAGUCGACGCCAGCUGCAGUACACCAGCAUCAUGUCUGCGACGUCUCCAUCUCCUCGACUCUAUCCCGAGCUAUGCGACAUCGUCAUCGACCACCUACAUGACGACAACAGCGCGCUCGCAACCUGCGCCAUGGUCUGUCGAUCAUGGGUUCCAGCGUGCGCAUGCAUCAAUUCCGCACCUUCUUUCUCAGUCGUCAUGGCUGGGACACUGGUCGCUCCCUGAACGCAUUGCCCCCAGUACUCCCGUACGUGCGCCAUGUGGAGAUUUAUGACGACUACCUCUCGCAGCCUGUGCACACCCCGCAUCAUUGGCUCGACGAUGCACUACCCGGCAUCCAACCUCACCUACUCGUAGCUCUUCGGAGCCUUUCACUGUCCGACCUAUGUUGGCAGGACCAGCAGUCGCAGAACAUCAUUCGAGAUCUUUGCAAGCACAUACAGUGUUUAUCCAUCUCGAACCUGACUCGGACUCAUCCCUCGGACUAUUCAGCACUCAACUUCGUAUCAGCAGCUCAGACACUCGAGGUUUUCAAAUAUGUGGAUGAAGAAGUGCUGUACCAUGAUGCAUUCUAUCCUCAUGAAGUCCCUGCCAACUGGCAGAUGCCCCACAGUCUCCAUAGCCUUGACCUGGAUGGUUCCUUCUCGUACAUACUUGCAGCCCUCAGACACUGCAACUCCCCUCCCCAUGUCCACACCCUGACUGUCAAUGCCAUCAAUGAUGCUAUUGCUGCAUUGAAUGUUGUCCAGUAUAUCCAAUACUGUGGUGCAAGCCUGCAUUACCUCAAUCUCUGGUUCAUGACACAUGAUGAGCACUGGCAUAAGGUUAAUGAACAGGCUGUUGCAGGUCAAUUCUGCAGACAUGGUGGCUUGUCAAGAAGCACGUCACUCCAGACACUCCAGCUUGAUGCUGAAGCCAUGGAUAUUCUGGCAAUCUUGCAGCAGAUCACAUCAACUGCCAUGAAAAAAGUGGUGCUUUGGAUCACACCACCAACUCUUGGUUUGCUGGAUCUCAACCAACUAGCAACACUUUUCCAAAGUGGACCAUUGUCUAGAGCUUCUCUGGAGGUCAUUGGUGCUGAUGACAAUGUCCUCCCUCUCAUUGAAGCCAGAGCUGUGCUGUAUGAGCACCUUGACUUCCUCAGAGCCAAGGGACAGCUUCAGUUCAAGCGUGCACAGGGACUCAGCAUGGAUCCAUCUACUCCCAGUCUCGGAGUGCACAGUGCUGCCCAGGAGUCGCAGUUUCCUGACCUGACACUGCCAUACAAAUGAUGGAGGAAAUAGUCCUGCUGUGCAACAUGGAUCAUGCAUAUUGGGAUUACAGCAGCUGAGGCAGUUGGCAUUGUUGUUGGUGAUCUGCUUGCCAAGCUGCGAAAAGUUACUCCGUUGAACAAUGUGUUUUACAUGAUAGUGACUCAUGGUACUGUAUGGCAUGGGCUUGCCUUGCAUCUAUCCAA